CCCGAGUGCACAGUCCCAUGCAGACAAAUCUUGUCCACACGGACUGCUCUGUCGCUCUCCAAAUACCAAUCGAUUCCCUUCUACUAAGCCAGAUACCCAUACCUCCUAGAGACACACUUCCCUCAAACUCACCAAAUCCAAAUCCAAAUUCAAAUCUCCACUCAUAAUCUCCCCAUCCGACCCUCCACCAUGUCCUACACCUUCACUAUCCUCUCCCCGCACGACACCCCCCUCUUCACCCACACCUUCGGCACCUCCCGCUCCUCCGGCACCGGCACCCCCGCCUUCACAACCGCCGACCUAGCCCUAAACCCCUUCAUUAUCCACUCCGCCCUCGACAUCGUCGAAGAAGUACAAUGGGGCCCGUCAUCCACCUCCGGCUCUGCACCCAUGUAUCUAAAACACAUCGACAAAUACCAAAACAACUUUAUCAGCUGUUGGAUUACGGGUGGGAAUGUCAGGUUCCUGUUACUUACAAGGCCGCGGGAUGAGGCGUUGGGGAUAUCGGCUGCUAACCCCUCCUCUGGCUCUGCGUCGUCCAUCUACUCGACCGGAUCUGGUGCUGGCUCCGUGAGGGGUAGUCUCGCUGGAGGACGCGCAGGCCUUGGCGGCGGCGCGGGGAUGUACAACCCCACGAGUCCUGCGACCGAAGAGGCGGUGAAGAAUUUCUUCGUUGAUGUGUAUGAGAGCUGGGUGAAGACGAUCAUGAAUCCGUUUUUUGCCGUGGGCCAUGGCGAUGUGGUCAAAAGUCCGGUUUUUAGGGCGAGGGUGCAGGCGGCGGCGAAGAAGUAUUUAUGAAUGAGGGCAUUCUCCGAGCGUGUGCUGCGUUGAUGAGAUUUAGUAUUUGGGUGAGGCAUGACUGGGAAUGGUUGUUGAGAUAUGCAUAUGCGUGUGUGCAGAGAGGGAGGGAGUGUGGAUGCUGGAUGCUGAAUGAUGGAUAAGGUAUUAUGCUGGAGCCGGACCAUGCGGUUGGCAUUGGCACGCGAGUCGACGACCUUUGCGGGCCUAUGAAACUCGGUACCCACACCUACUAUCUGCCGCGCAUUACGCCAUACUACCUGUGAAGGGCCCCCGACAUCUAUGGAAGAAAGCACAGCUACCUUCAUUAGGAGCUCGAAGUGCUAUUUACCCACGCUCGGCC